AUAUGAUUAAAAAUUAAAUAAAAAUAAAAUAUAAUAAUUGUAAAAUGCCAUUAGCUAGAAAGGAUUUAAAUAUAUGGCCCUCAAAACACGAAGUCGCGAGUUCAUCUCAACAAUUACAAGAAUUAGAGAUGGUCGUUGACGAUGGAUCAGUCAUUAAAUAUCCACAAAAUACUAUCAAUAUUAAUAAUAACAAUAAUAAUACAAUGGACAAAUUACAAAUUUCUGGACACGACGAUGACUCCGAUGACGUUGAGAUGAAAUCUGAUGAUAUCAUUUUUGAGCUAAAGGAUCUCGUUAAGGAUGGUCAUGAGAAGGCGACACCGUCGCAAUUUGAAUUGCUUAAAGUGUUGGGCGAGGGUAGCUUUGGUAAAGUGUUUUUGGUUCGAAAGGUUAUUGGUCCUGAUUCCGGAACGUUAUACGCUAUGAAAGUAUUAAAAAAGGCAACUUUAAAGGUCAAGGAUAGGAUGAGAUCAACAAAUGAGAGGAAUAUAUUAGCUGAUAUUGCCGUUGGUCAUUCCUUUAUUGUUAAGCUCCAUUAUGCCUUUCAAACACCUGGUAAACUUUAUCUUAUACUUGACUUCCUUCGUGGUGGUGAUUUAUUCACGAGAUUGAGCAAGGAAGUCAUGUUUACUGAAGAGGAUGUUAAAUUUUAUUUAGCAGAGCUUGCACUUGCUAUGAAUCAUCUUCAUUCACUUGGAAUAAUUUAUAGAGACCUGAAACCCGAGAAUAUUCUACUCGAUGCUGAUGGACAUAUUGCAUUGACUGACUUUGGCUUAUCUAAAAUUCCUCUCGGUGAUUCAAAGACAUAUAGUUUUUGUGGCACUGUUGAAUACAUGGCACCUGAAGUUGUAAAUAGAAAAGGACAUACUUUUGCUGCUGAUUGGUGGAGUUUUGGUGUUUUAAUGUAUGAAAUGCUUACUGGCAACUUACCCUUCCAUGGUACAAAUCGUCAGGAUACAAUGAAUCAAAUUUUAAAAACUAAAUUAGGAAUGCCAGAAAAUUUAUCGCCUGAAGCCCAGUCACUUUUAAGGGCAUUAUUUAAGAGAAAUCCUCAAAAUCGACUAGGUGCUGGACCGAAUGGCAUUGAAGACAUUAAGCGUCAUGAAUUUUUUGCAACCAUUGAUUGGGACGCAUUAUUAGCUAAGAAAGUUCGCGCACCCUUCAUUCCAUCAGUCGCUAGAGCUGACGAUACCUUCUACUUUGACUCUGAUUAUACUAGUCGCGAUCCUCGUGAUUCACCCAGUGUUCCCGUAUCAGCGAGUGCUCACGAAAUAUUCCGUGGCUUCUCAUUCGUUGCUCCUUGUCUGCUGGAUGAUGAAACAGGACAAGCUAUUGCAUUAAAUAAUAAUGAGCGACAAUCGUCAUUCCAAUCUUAUGAAAUUCCAAAUGUACAACCACAUUCCAUUACCGAUGAGUAUCAGCUUAAGGAAGUGCUUGGCAGAGGAACGUUUUCGGUGUGUAGACUUUGUGAACAUAAGACGACAAAGAAACAAUAUGCUGUUAAAAUAAUUGAUAAAUCACGACACGAUUGUCGAGAAGAGGUUGAUAUACUGCUCAGAUAUGGCACUCACCCAAAUAUUGUUACAUUAUAUCGAGUCUUUGAGGAUCCUUCUUCACGUUCUGUGUACUUAGUUAUGGAAUAUUUAAAAGGCGGCGAAUUGCUUGAUCGAAUUUUAACUAUACAAUUUAGUGAACAAGAAUCAGCGGCAGUUCUUAAAAGCACUGUAUCAGCACUUUCUUACUUGCACGAUCAUGGUGUGGUUCACAGAGAUUUAAAGCCAUCAAAUCUUUUAUAUGCUUCCAUCAAUCACACGCCCGAGUCUUUAAAACUUUGUGAUUUAGGCUUCGCAAAGCAAUUGCGCGCUGAUAAUGGACUUUUAAUGACCCCAUGUUAUACGGCAAAUUUUGUUGCUCCUGAAGUAUUAAAGCGGCAAGGAUAUGAUCAACUUUGUGAUAUAUGGUCAUUGGGUGUGUUACUUUACAUUACACUGAGUGGUCGGACACCGUUUGCCAGCACCCCUAAUGAUGAACCUGAGACGAUUUUAAAGAGAAUCGGAAGUGGACAAAUCGAUUUGGAGAAUGGCCGUUGGAUGUCAAUAUCAAUGGAUGCAAAAGAACUAAUUAGACACAUGAUGCACAUUGUACCAUCGAAGCGUCCAACGGCAGCUCAGAUCCUUCGACAUCCGUGGACUGUAAGACAAGCUUUAGCAUUUGAUGAAGCUAGAAUGCAUCAUCAAGUCAUAGUCCAUCAAGCGCAUCAUGUGUCAAUGCUUAAACCGACUUCAAAAGACAUCACUGAAAUUAAAGGAGCUGUAAAUGCAACAUUUCGGGCUAUUAAUUCACCUCAAGCUUUGGGAAUAGGAGUUGGACCGGUUCAACUCAGCGAAUUAGCUCGCCGACGAAGACGAGGUGCUGAGAAAGGACAUAACUGAGAUUCAAUGAAUAUUUUUGUAAUGGAUUUCUAGUUAGGUAGGCAUCGUAUGAUGAACCAUUGAUAAAAAUUUAAACAAAAAAAAAUGAAACUUUUCUACCUUAAUCGAAUGAUGAAUGAAACUAUAUUGACAAAAAAAAAGAAAUAGACAAGAUUAAAAUGCAAUUUUAUUCUCCGGUAAUUGGAAUUGAAUUAUGAGGAAAUA